CAAAUCGAACCUUCCAAUUACCCUCCAUCAUUCCCUCAUUCCCUCUAUUCACAGUAUGUGGUCGUCAUCCACUUCGUCGGACGUGGAUCUGCUCUUCCCCAGACGUCCCCGCCGUGGUCCCAAUAGCUCGAAUGUCUCUUCAACACGCCGCAGUAGUGCCACCAGUCGUUUGGAGCAACGUCGUCGUGAUCUGCCGCCGCAUUCGGUGUCUACAGGCAGCUUGUGGGCGUUUGACGGGUCCUCCACAGUUUCAGCGGGCUUUGCGUCUUCCACGACCGUUACCGACUACAGCGGGGUAUCAGCAGCUCCUACAUCGUCUGAUGAGUCGAACGCGGGCCCUCCAGGUCUCCAAAGCGGCGUGAAAACUGCGAAUCAUGGCGUUAUCGGGUCGUACUCCAGUGGUGAAGUUACAGCUCGAAUGCUAUGGAAUAGACCCGAAAGAGAAGAAGAGGAGCGAGAAGAAGAGGCCCUUCCUUCGUAUCUGAGCUAUCUACAGGCUCCGUCGCUCCCAGGAGACGCCACAGCUGCAAUAUCAGCUCCAGCUUUUGGUCCAAUGACGAGUAUGACCCAGACGAGAGAUGACCCUAUGGAGAUGAAGAGCCAACAGCUUGCCAGGGCACUGCAGGACUUUAUUAUGGUGCAAAUGCAGGGAAUCCCGGGCAGUUCGAGCUCUGUAGGAGGCUGUAACUGUGAACGUCGCGUGAUAGAGUUGGAAAAGCAGGUGCAGAGUCUGCUAGCGGCUCAGAAACAGGAUAAUUCUGUCCCAGAGGACUCGGGAAGUGCUCUGGGAGAUCGCGUAUCCACGCUGGAGGGACGACAGAGUGCGUUCCAGUCGCAAUUGGCGCAGAUUUCCAAGGUACUGGGCGUGCCGGUGGGUAAACACGGCAAGAGCAGUCAGCUUAAGACCCUGGUACAGACGCUGCAUGAAGAAAUCGACUCAAAAGUCCAAUCAGCGGUCGCUGAAGUGGAGGCUGCGUGUGUAGCCAGCGCUUCCAAGCACACAGAGGAGUUGAUAGCCGAAGCAGCCGCCUCUGCUUCUUCCUCUCCUGCUGGGGAGUCGUCCACGCCGUCUGAUCCCAACGAAGAGAAGAAGCAGCAGACUGCCAGUGACUUUGACACCGUUUCCACCUCUGGGCUGCCUUUCUCGACUGUUUUGAAUGCGUUAGCGGAGGAGCACGAGGCGUCGUUGACUAGAUUGAGCACGCACUUUGACGAACGUCUGCGUCUGGAAGGAUCACAACGUAUAGCGUUGGAAGGACGCAUACGUGCUCGUCUUGGCGAGCUGGAGGAGUGGUUACAGCAGGUUGAAGGGGAGCUGGGAGGCUCCCACUUCCAACCUGCUGCGUCCACUACUAGUUCGUCUCUCGCUGCUAUGACGAAACAACUGAACGCUCUUGAGACGCAAUUAAGUGAGCUGGAAACCUCGUGGAAAGCGCAACGCCGGGAGGUCCACGAGAUCUGCGCCAAAAUGGAACAAUUACCGAAUUGUGACGAGUUACAGGCUCAGCUGGCUCAGCAGAAUGACGAGCUCCAGACUCUUCGAGACAACGUCGCCAGUGUGGAAACAGCAGCGUUGUCAACCCGUGACGAGACUCACGCGGUGACUCGCACGGCCCAGGGCCUCAAGUUAAUUGUGGAAAAACUGGUACGUGACACAGGGUCGGCCGAGGAGCUACUGCAGCAAUACGUGAGUACGAUUACUCACCAAGUGGCCAGUGUGACUCGGCAGUACGUGUCUGUGCGCAUCCGAGACAACAAUCGACUGCUGGACGCCACGCUGCGUGCGCGAGUACCCGACUACGUUGCAAACGAGAGCGAAAGCUUUUUACUGGUGCGUCCGGAGACCAAGAAAGAAGGUGAAGGCCACGAAACGAUCCAUCUUGAUGCUGCGGGAACGGAGGGGAGUGAUAAUUUCAGCUUCGUACUACGCGAGGACGACGAGAAGGGCAUCCGCCGCUUGCUGGCCAGUCAGCGAGCUACUAAACCCGGCACCAUCAGCACCACCAUUAGCUCAGACGCUAGUGCUGUUGCUGCUGCUGCCGGUGGGAUGUCAACGUCUUAAUCUGAGUACCAGACCCCUAAUUAGGGGUCAUUUUUGCAUUAAAAUGGGAUACGUCUCUUGAAUACUGCUGUUGCUCAACACAGAUUUAUCGAAUUUGUUAAAUGUUGACUCGGGAGCACAGUAGUACAUGUUCAGCACUGUUGAGCCAUGUACUGGAGAUAUGACUCGCACUGGACAUGUCUACACCAAG